AUGGUAAAGACUGUGACUUGUGACGUCAAAGAGGAAGAACCCGAUUGGACCAGCUCCGCCCCUGUGAUCCAGGUGAAAACGGAAGAAAUCGAUCAACCAGAAGCAGCCGUUGGAGAGGUAAUUGCUGCCCGCCCCCACGUUAUUAAUGGCAAAACUGUUAAUCUUGAGGGAGCCAUGUCCACGGACAGUAAGGACCGUGACACAUCAUAUGUGUCCACCAAGAGUCUGUACGUAAGUGGGGUUCGUGAGGAUCACACGGAACAGAUGUUCACUGAAUACUUUAGAAUGUAUGGAGAUGUCGUGAAGGCUCAAAAACCUCGUGACCGCGUGUACGGCAUGGGUCGAUCUCGUGGUGAUGCUGCUGGAGGAUGGCCAGGGGGUUGGGGUGAACAAGUCUGUGGGUGUUACGGACAACAAGGUGGUUACGGUGAGUUCUGUUGUUGA